CCGCCACAGACAACCGUGAUAGUCUCAAAAUAUAGACCUUCAGCCAAUCCAAACACCGUUCAUGCCCUGGGUCCCAGAUUCAAAUUGAAAUACGUAAUUUCAGCCAACCGUAUAUGACAAGCGGGAGGAGCUCUAAAAAAAACAUUUAAUCAAGUUUGUGCGAACUGUGUCCCACUCACAAGACAGUGCGAAGGACUUUACGUUGGCACUCAUUGUACUUGUGUGGCUGGAUAAUAGAAUAUAGCCGCCAUGCCGGGUAAAGAUCCUAAUAAGCCGAAGGGAAAGACUUCUUCCUAUGCGUUCUUUGUUGCGACGUGCCGGGAAGAACACAAGAAAAAACACCCAGGAACUUCAGUGAACUUUUCCGAGUUCUCAAAGAAAUGCUCAGAGAGGUGGAGGACCAUGUCUGCAAAAGAGAAGGUGAAGUUUGAGGACAUGGCCAAGGGUGACAAAGUCCGUUAUGACAAGGACAUGAAGGGAUAUGUGCCCCCCAAGGGAUCUAAGGCAGCAGGAAAGAGAAAGAAGGACCCCAAUGCCCCCAAGAGGCCACCUUCUGCAUUUUUCGUGUUCUGUGCUGAACACCGUGGAAGAAUCAAGGCUGAUAACCCAGGCAUGGGCAUUGGUGACAUCGCCAAGCAGCUGGGUCUGCUGUGGGGCAAACAGACUCCCAAAGACAAGCAGCCACACGAAGCAAAGGCCGCCAAGCUGAAGGAGAAGUAUGAGAAGGAUGUUGCUGCCUACAAGGCUAAGGGAGGCGCAGGUGCAACUGCUAAGAGUGGCCCUGGCAGGCCAGCUGUUGGCAAGAAGGCAGCGCCCAUGGAUGAUGAUGACGACGAUGAUGACGAGGAGGAGGAUGAUGAUGACGAAGAGGAUGAUGACGAGGAUGACGACUAACCUGCCUGGAAACUUGAGCUGGAGUAUUUGCAAAACAAUGUGAACCUUACAAUGUAACAUUUAUAGCAUUUUUGGAUUUUUCAGAACAUGUACAGUGAUGUGCAAUGGCUGCAAUAAUGCAUACAGGGGUCAUAUUGUGCUGUCUUGUAAAUUAACAGCUCUUAUUCUCAAAGCACUGCUUGUUUUGUCUUUGGAUGGUGGCAUGUUCUUUUCCGCCCUAUAUUGAUAUCGUUUCCACUGCCGUUUUUAAGAAAUACAAGAAAAUGUGUAGAUGUUUGCGACCCAUUUUUAAGAUGGGGUUUCAGUGUAGAAUGAUUUCUUUUUAUAAUAAAAUUUUGUUUUGUAUAUUA